AUCUUCUGGUCCCAGUUUUGUUUUUGUCACAGUCUGAUGGUGUCCCCCGAGAGCCCUCUUCAAGCCCUUGACCCAGACCCCACACCCUCCUCCCAGUCAGACGUUUCUGAAUUAUUGAUUAGUCUGGAUAGCUUCUUAUUAAAUAUAAAUUUUCAUAAGAAGGUGCAAAACUAACUUGAUUUGGUAAGUGGGUUUGAUCAAAUUCUCCAAACUUUAUUGAUAAGUGUACAUUUUCUCAGCUCCGUGGGUCUAUGGUCUGCUUCCAGAAAUGUUCCAAGCCUCUGAUAGGGUCUGAGCUGUUCCUAGAGCGCUCCAGGCUGAGGAAGAGGAGGGAGAGGAGCGCGUAAACCGCCCCUCUGCUUCCACACGCUCAAGACAGGAGAUCCGAGCGCGUCGAUCAGCACCAGCGUGUAGUUUGUGAAUGAAGGAUUCACAUUUGGCUGUCUCUGGAUCGUGGUUCUCUUUGCGCUGCAGCCGCGGGAACAGACGGACGCAGAGCUUUGCCUGCUUUAUCGAAAAAUGGGGUGUCGGCUCCCGAAGCUGAGGAAGGCGGAAGACAGGCACAGCCCGGGCAACAUCUACUCCACUCUCCGAAGACCUCAGGUUGAGACCAAAGUUGGAGUGGCCUACACCUACCACUUCCUGGAUUUCCUGUUGGGGAAAGAAGAGGUUCCGGUGUCGUCUGUGCUUUGCCUAUCAUCGGUCCGAGAGCUGCCGGUCCAGGUCAGGGAGCUUUAUGCUCAAGGCUUCGUCCUAGUCGCCGUCCACCCCUUUGUUCACCCCUGCGGGCCUCGCCACGCACACAUCCAGCGGCAGCUCCACAGGGCCGUGCUGGUCCGAGAAACCCCGAGUUUGGAGAAAAACCAAUGGAGAUGCUCCAGAAGUCGUUUGGAGACGGACAUCUGUGUGGCGGGUCAACAGGCUGCAGACCCAGAGGUGAUCCAGAGUUAUGUGAAGAGGAUCCAGGAUGUAGCGGAACAGGGGGUGACGUUUGUGGGCUUUCUCCAGCAGCCAGGCGGAGGACUGUACAUUUCAGGACACUGGGACCCCGAGGAGCUGUCGUCCUUACAUUCCAGCCCCUCCCCUAUACAUCGACACCCCUUUAGCUCCAACGCCAGCCCAACGGAUCCUGAAGACCUAAAUGGAAUCAAUGCAGAGUUCGAGUUGGAUCUGGAUGCUCCGAAGCGUAGCAAACAAGACCAGAACACUUCCGAGAAAGACUCCAACAAACACGUCCAAAGUGAACCUCAGGGUUACGCCAAAGCGGAUUCAGGCCCACUCCAAGAUGAUCUGACAGAAAAAGCACUAACUCAGCAGGAGUGGCCUCUGUCAGAAGGCAAACAAAACUUUCCUGAAACUUAUUUCAACCUUUCCAAUUCAAGACAACGCCGAUGUUCAACCUCAGAUAGCUGGCUGAGCUCUCCUGAACUGGACGGCAGACGAGACAGAAAAUCUAUGAAUACAGAAAGCAGAGGGAUGACGCACAACAACAACAACCACAUCAGGCUGAAGGGUUCUCACAGAGACAAAAGUGCAAACUCGCCGCAGCCACGGGACAGAAUGCAGCUGUUUGCUCUGUAUAACCACUCAGAGGAGCCCAACUCCUCCCUGAGGUUCUACGCUCUCCGAGUGCCACUCAGAGUGCAGAAGGACGCAGGCCUGAUCACAGAAGUGGACGCUAACUGGCUCGACCACAUGACUCAGCAUUUUUCCAGCGGAGCGCGCCUCAUCGAUGGGUUCUUUCACCUCACGGAUGAUAACGAGAGCGGCGUUUCCUCUGUGGACAGCGUGUUCAUCUUCCAGAGGUCUGCGGAGGAGACCAGCUACGAUGCCAUCGUGGUCGAGCAGUGGACUGUCGUCGAUGGUGUUGUGGUGAAGACCGACUACAUCCCUCUGCUCCAGUCUUUGGCUCCCUAUGGAUGGAGACUGAUGUGCGUGUUGCCCACACCUAUUGUCAAGACAAACAGCGAUGGAAGUUUGUCGACUAAGCAAAUCCUUUUCCUUCAGAGACCCGUUUUGCAGCGCAAGAGAAAAGACUUCAAGAAGCUGAACCUCAGGGGUCGCAACAAGGCAAAGAAAAGCUCUGCUGGAGAAGCUCUGGACGAGCAGGAAAACAGGUCCCUGGUGAUGGAGACUGAGAUGGACAGGCUGAGACUCGGCGCCGACGAGGAGGAAGAAGAAGACGAGGGAAGCGGGCGCAGAGCCAGCCUUCAGAGACGGGAGGAAGACGCGCAGCAUCAGAGGAGCUUCCUGUUGGAGCGCAGGGCCUCCGAUGAACACCGGGAAGAGGAAACUGACGUUGACGAGAGCCCGCUGUCCAAGCUGGAGAAGUCUGUUAGAUGGACGGAUUUCUGUCAGAAAUGUGAUGGAGGGGUGAAAGAGGAGGUGAGAGGGGAGGAGAGGAUUAAACAGCAGCUAUUUUCAGGGGUUUGUUAACAGUGAGGGGUAAAAACCUGAACAGUAUAAUUUAGCACAUCUGCUUUUUUUUUGUUUUACAGCUUUUCUCCAUCUGCUCUUAGAUGCACCUUCAACUAAAUAAUAAUAUGCUGCUGUGGUUAUAUAUUUGUCAAUCAAAUUAAUUUAAAUGUAGAAGCUUAAAGUGAAGCUGGAAUUAGUACAAA